AACCCUGAUCUAGCGCCAGGUCUCGAUCCUUCUCCCAGGAAUCGAAAAUACUACAUGUGUUGUGUAGGCCUAAAACUACACAACAUUUAACGCCUGUGUUUGUAUUUCCCUUGUUUUUUUAAAAUUCUACUCACCGUUAUCAGAAGAAUGAAGCUCAUUACGCAUAAUAUGUUGACAAGUAAAGGGAUAAAGAACGUAAAAGAAGGAUUUCCACUAAAGAUACAGGCAGAGGAAGUAAGAAAUGUGGAUAUUGAUUUUGACCGAGAGUUUAUCUCUAAAACUAUACCUAAGCUGGACUGGAAUGCUCUCAUAUUUGCAGCCCAGUGUGUAGGGCACCAGGAAGACCUCCCAGAGACCUUGCCUGAGAGUUAUGAUAAUGAUGAAGACCUCCUGAAGAAGUUGCAUCAUAUACUGCUAGAGGUGGAAGUGGUCAACGGUUGCCUGGAAUGCCCAGAAACUAAGAGAAAAUUCCCAAUCAGCAAUGGCAUUCCAAAUAUGCUGCUAAAUGAAGAUGAAGUAUAAUUCAAAUAAAAAGAGAAUCUGUUUUGUAUUUACCAAGUAUGACAUUGACAGAACAGAUAUAUAUUUUAUUCUCAUAUGAUUUCUCCAUAUGUUUGUCACGAUAUUAGAAUAUAUGUAAGGCUCAUUUUGUGAUAGUAAAAUGGAUGUUUAUGUAUUGUUAUUUUAUUAUUUUACAAUUUUCUUCCUUCUUAUCAAUGGAUGCAUUAUUACAGUUUUGUUGGAAUCAAAGGAUCUAUAACCCAGUUUAAAGUUUUAAACACUAAAAGAGACUGAGAAGGACAUGUUAUGAAAAGUCCUACACAAUUCUGUGAUUGAUCUUUACAUGACAGAUUGGUGAUGAUGCAGCAGUAAUACAGGAGAAAUAAAUUGCCACCAGUCAUUACUGAUUAAUUAUUUUAAAAAGUCAAGUUUCUCAGAUUCUACAGCUGACUUCUCACCUCACUUAGAUGUUAUCUGGAAUGAAUAUGGAUUUUUUAAAACUUUUAGCAGAUAAAAGAUGUUAAAUGUCUAUUGAAUAACAGUAAUGCCUCAGCAUUAUCAUUCAGAGAACUGUAUCCUGCCUUCAUCCACUCAAUGCCCUGCACAAAUUUUUUAUUAGCAUUGAGUUAAUAUUUGUAAUUAUGGUUUCACUGCCACAUAAUUAAAGACAGAACAGUGUUUCUGCAUUCCUGGAAGAAAUCUGACAGAAAUGUACAAAUAAGGCAAAUUAACCCAGACUUGACAGGCAUGGCCUGUACCUACAUGCCAUGCCCACUGUGAGUUUACUUUAUUAAUUGUUUUAAAACAUAGAUGGCUACACUUGUACUAAGUCACCAAUGAACCAAUUACGAAUACUGCCUGUCUCGCCCAUUCACCCUUUUCUUUGAUUUACGAAAAUAGUUUACAUUAUCUUAUUUUUCUGUUACUAAUGCUUAUAAUGUUAUAGUAGUUAUAAUGUCCAUAAUAAAAAUAACACCAUUGAUAUUCAUAGCAUUAGUAAAAAAAAAGUUUUCCUGCCAAUUCAAGGAAAGGUGAAAUCAGGUAAGGUCACAAGGUCUACUAAUUGACUCCUGUGUGGAUAAGCACUAGUAGAGCCAUCUAUAUGCAGAGACAUUUCACAAACAAAUAAAAAAGUGACCACAACAUUUUCCUGGUGGCAUCUGUUGGGCUUGAGGAUGCACAACUUGUACAUUCUCAUACAAAAGAAGUUUCUGCAUGGGAAACUGGUAGUUACCAAAAAGUUUUGCAUUGUCAUUCCGGAUGAUUAACAGUAAUCAUGAGCAAGAGAUUUUAGUUUAUUAUUGAAGAAGAUGCUUGUAUAUACCUACAUGAAUGGAAAGUAUUUCUAACAAAGACUUAAAUAAAAUAUAUUUCAUCAAAAAGAAAAGGUUUCUCUUAUAGAGGUUUGCCAAUUUUCAGUCUACCAAAUAUUUUGGAGUUGAUUUAAUUGAUACGUAGGAAUCCAAAAUAGUAAAAAGGCUUGAAAAAAUGUAAUAACCCAAUGUAUAUUGCAUGUACCUUUAUUUUUAAGAAUAUUUUAGAAUGAAACAAGUUUGUCAAGUUUUACCAAGGUAGGGUUAGUAUCCCAUUAACAAAUUGGUAUAUUUUACUCUUACUACUUAUGUAUACAUAUACUUUCUUGCUUCUAUUGGUGUAAGGCUUAUCAGAUAUGUGGUUAUCCAACUUUUUCUGGCACUCAUACUCUUUAACACUGAGAUUUAAUGGAUUGGGCCUAGUUGAUACCCAUUCUUCCUUGAAAAUGUAUAUAAUCUAUAUAGCUAUGUAAUUACCAUCUUUAGAUGAGGUGAGAGUGUGAUAAAAAAAUCAACAUUCAGAAUUCAUUGUAAAUUAAGUUAGAGAGCUCCAUAUAACAUGGCAUUAUGUUUUAGUUCUUUACAUAUGGAAGACAAUAUGGUAGUCAUUAUAAAUAGGAACACAACUCAUUAUGUAUGCAAGCACAGUCAUAUUUAUAUGUUCCAUCAUUCCAUUAAGAUUCGUCCAAUAUGUUCAAAAGUUUCCUAAAGUAAAACAUUUCUUUACCA